GUGUUCACGGCCCUGUUCCCCCGGCUCCCCCGACACGGCGCCAUCAGCAGGUGGCACUUCAGUCUGCAGGAGGACUGUCUGGUAGCAUGUCAGGAGACGACAGGCCGAGGUGACGCCCAACAACAGCUGUGGACGCCAGAGUAAAAUGCAUAAAGUGCGAUGCCUCUCUGGGGCCAAUUUGGCUAAAGUUUUCCGCGGAUUGUCCAUGAGACGAAAGAGCUCAGCAGGACGACGCUCAGCUCCACUGGGUUCCCGGAUACUGAACAAUCCUGAUGACGUCUUUAAGCACAACAUGUGGGAUCAUGUGCAGUGGACAGAAGAGGAAAAAGAAAAUGCACGGCAGAAGGCACAAGAAAAUUCCUCCGUACAAAUUCCUUUAAAGGAACAAGGUACAUUUGACACUGAAGCUGAGCAGUACUGGGACAAGUUUUACGAGAUGCACCAGAAUAAGUUCUUCAAAGAUCGCAAGUGGCUGUUUUUAGAAUUCCCAGAACUGCUUCCUUCAAAAAGCCAAGCCACAACCAGGCGACAAGGUGAUCAGCAGACAAAAACCCUGCUACCUACUGGAACCGACAUGGAAUCUGAGACGAGGCAUUGUGACCACAGAGAUGCCUCUCCCCAACACACACGCACCUCUGAUUAUCCGAGGGCAUGUCAAGGAGUAUCAGUAGAAAAAAAUGAAGAUGACAUUCACACUCCUUCUUUUCCUGGACAACAUGCAUCUUUCAGGAUCUUGGAGGUUGGAUGUGGGGUUGGUAACAGUGUAUUUCCCAUUGUUAAUACCAUAAAAGAAACAGAUGCAUUUGUAUACUGUUGUGACUUCUCUCCAUGUGCAAUACAGCUAGUCAAGAACCAUCCAGACUACGAUGACUCUAUGUGUCAUGCCUUUGUCCAUGACAUUUGUGAUGAGAUGGCCUCCUUUCCCUUCCCUCUUCAGAGCCUGGAUGUUAUUGUGGCAGUGUUUGUGCUGUCCUCCAUUCAUCCAGAGCGAGUACAAGGAGUCGUGAACCGACUAUCUACAUACCUGAAACAUGGAGGGAUAUUCCUUUUCCGUGAUUAUGGGAGAUAUGACUUUACACAACUCAGGUUUAAGAAAGGACGGUGCUUAUCAGAGAAUUUCUACACGCGUGGAGAUGGAACCUGCGUUUAUUUCUUCACAGAAGAGGAAGUUCAUGAUUUAUUUUCCAUUGCUGGACUGGAAGAACUUCAGAAUCUGGAGGAUAGGCGACUACAAGUGAACAGAGGAAAGAAAGUUGCAAUGCACCGAGUUUGGAUGCAGAGCAAGUACAGAAAACCAUUUCCACCUUUGCCAUCAUAACAUCCCACCAUGUGUAGCCUCAUUCAACUAUAUGCCUUUUUUAGACUUUGCUGCUCAUGUGUUCAAUUCUUAUAACUAUUUUUCUAACAAAGUGGUACGUGUACAACAACAACAACACUGUAUACAAUAAACGUAUACAACAUGCUGUUAAACAAAGCUGUGGGUGUUAUUUUCUUCUAUAUACUGUAGAUGCCUGUGAUCACUUAAUAUCUGUAAACU